CCUCCCUCCCGCCGGGCGCCUCGGGGUCUCCCUGCCCUCGUUCCCCGCGCUGCCGGGCGGGGGAGAGCCGCCCCGGCGAGUCUUGAGAUCUUUUUUCUCUCUUCAAAAUUGAGAAGUUUCUCUGAACUCCAGCUCACGCUUGAGCAUUCAGAGGUUUUGCGACUGUGUUGAACUGCUCUACACCACCACUGUGCAACUAGAUAUUGUGAAUAAGGAGACUGUACCCAAAGAUACAUAUCCCAUUCCAAGAAAGAUUAUGGCUGAACCAGACUACAUAGAUGAUGACAAUCCUGAAUUAAUUAGACCUCAAAAAUUAAUUAAUCCUGUGAAGUCAUCCCGGAAUCAUCAAGAUCUCCACAGAGAGCUGCUCAUGAAUCAAAAAAGGGGUCUUGCACCUCAGAACAAACCAGAGCUACAGAAGGUGAUGGAGAAAAGGAAACGAGACCAAGUUAUUAAACAACAAAAAGAAGAGGAAGCACAAAAAAAGAAAUCAGACCUGGAAAUAGAGCUACUGAAACGGCAGCAGAAACUGGAGCAGCUGGAACUGGAGCAACAGAAGAUACAGGAAGAGCAGGAAAAUGCACCUGAAUUUGUCAAAGUCAAGGGCAACUUGAGGAGGACGGUCCAGGAAGCAACAGAAGCACCAGACUCCUAGAGCCAGCGCCUGCUAAGACUUCCAGCUUCCCUGCAGAGAGAGGCUUUUGCAAGUUGUCUCAGAUUUGCCCCCUCAAGAGGGAAAAUAACAGCAUCCAGUUGACACUUACCGAAGAUGAGAUUUUUAAUUCUUGGGACGUGUGGAUUAAAAAGACAGUACCAUAAACAGAUCGACUUGCCAAAUGCAGUCCUGAGAUCAAUGGAUAAGGAGCCUGUUUGUCAGUUCAGUGUCAUGGACCAGCCUGACGUGCUUACUCAGAUUUUAACCAGGGAUACUAGAGAAACUCCUUCAGUGUUGCACUGCUUUAUCUCUUGUGAUCCUAGUUUAGUGGAGAUACACAGAUUAAUAUUUUGCUUUAAAACAGAACAAAAAUUCUCCUGUGAUAUUUUAUGAAGCUUCUGUGCAGGUAGAUAUUUCCUCCAUCUAGACCUACUGCCUGUGUAUAUCCCACAAUAAUUUGUGUUUAGUUGGAAUUUUUAUCAAAUCUGGUGAGGAUACGAUCUGAUGAUCCUCUUACCAGGGAGAAUCCAGAAGCUGAUUCAUCUCUGUCUCUAAAUCUACACCAUUGUGUACAGGCCUGUGCAGUGCUACCUGUGGUUUUACCUCUCAAUGCAAAAUGACCUGUCUUGUACUUUUUGAAAUCAUACUUUGCUGUUGUGGCCUUUCUGCUCCAAGGACAUGUUAACACUGCACUCAGAUCAGCACAUUACUUCGUAGUGUUUAAACUCAUUUGCUGGAACUCAAACAAGGAAUCUGAUCCACCAUCGGUUCCUGCUCUUUGCGUGCACGAACUAGUUGCAAUUCCUGCAACAGAGCAGCGCUUAAGCCAGACCAAACUGAUCAUUGGAAUCUACUGAAAUGGAACUUUUUCCCUAAAGUGAGGCAUAAAAUGAAACUCAUUUUGUCCCAUUCUUCCUUUAGCCUCAAGAAAGAAGGGAAGCGUGUUACCACUGAGUCUUAGGGUCCAAUUCUGUCACCUUUUGCCUUUCCACAAGUUGCUCCUGUGUCUUGCCAUUGAAUAAAAUAUUGCUUAGCUUGCACAGGGAUGGCAGAAUCUGAUCUUUCAUGCUUAUGACUACUAGUUACCCAGGAAAGCCUGGGGUGAGGAGGGGAAACAGAUUACUCAUGUAGGAUUAUAGAAUUGGGUUCUUACAUGGUGUGAAUGGGUGCAGAUAUCUUAUCUUCAGAAUCUGGGGAGAAAUCCUCAUCUAUCUUGGUCAGCACAGUCCUAGCUCUCGCCAAGCUGUGCUCAUCCGUAUCAGCUGAGGAUUUAAUCCUAGUCGUUGCCUUAGGAUGCUAAACAAAGUAAUUUCUACUUUGUAAUUACAUUGGACAUCACUGUUUGAGAACACUUUUUAUUAAUGUCAACAGUGGUGUGUUUAUUUUGUAAAGGUGGUGGGGGAGGGUUGUUUGGUUUGUUUUUUAGUUCCUUUUGCCUUUCCUGUAAGUAUUGGACGGUUUAAAUGCAAUUUCAACACAGCACUCGGGACAAAAUGCUCAUAAUUAGGAAUUUUUCCUAGAUACAGACUUCAAUUUGUCAAGAUCCAGGCAUUUUUUAUGAGGACAUAAUCAGAUUGAGAGUAAAUUGAAUUGUGAUAAGGAUAUUACCAUUGAUUUAGACUUGCAGUGUGACUCACGUCUAGAAGAUUAAAUAUGAAGAUGGUCUACCAGACUGUUCAGAUUAUGGACAUACAAAAGACAAAGGCCAAACAUAACUCUUCCAUGUAUUUUCUCAACAAAGGAACACCCUGAGUGCUGCAGGUUCUUCCCCCUCUCCUUCUGUUGUUCUGGAAGGAGAGGCUCUUCCUUUCUGGCAGCACAUUGUUCAAACACUUGCACUGAUUGAGUUUGUUUCAUGUUGUUGAGACAGCACUAUAUAUGAGCCUUCCACGCCAUGCGCAUUUUUCAUCUUAGCCGCUCCCAGCCUACUAAACUUCAUGCCUCCUGGUUUCCACUCCACAAUUAUCCUUCUGCACAGUAUGGAAAUGACUAGAAGUUGGUGAGGAAACCCUCCUCUGCCUUGAGCAGAGCAUCCCUUCUCAGCCAUUUGCCCUCUGGGUGAGCAUGGCAAUCCUACCAUGUGAGAUGAAGGUGGUGUAAUCCAAACGGCACUGAGUCGGCUGGGGAUGAGGACCGCUCUUUGGCUUCAGUGAGUGUGUUGGAUUGGGCCCUUCAAGGCUGAACGCGUUCUGCUUUCUCCAUGCUAGCCUGCCAUUCAGGGUAGGGUUUCUCUUUCUGAAUCACAGGAGGCCAGGAAACUCCUAUGUACAUACAGCGUGAAGUAGUUAUUUGUUUUCAGUUGGAAUUAAUUCUCUGUGUGAACAGACCAUCAAUGUGUGUGUUGGAACAUCUUAGAAUUCCGCCGACCCUUUAGUCUAGGGAUCCCAGCCACCUUCUUGUAGGUUUGACAGGCCAAAGCUUGUCUUUAAAGUUAGGAUUGGGCUAGAAUGGGCAACCCGUAAAUGGGUGGUCAGCUAGUCACACCACAAGUGUCCUGUGCGGCUACUCAAGUGAGAAACUGCUUGCCAGUGAGCAUAAGCAAUUCCUGACCUUCCCUUUAGCUAUAUGGGUUUUGAAGCAUUCUGGCAAAUACUUCAAUGAUUUGAAAAUGGCUCACUUACCACUUUGUACUUUUUAAAAACUCUUGCUUUUGAUAGUAUAGUAGUAAAUUUCUUAGCAUUUUUGUGGCUUUAACAUUCUGUUAAUAUCUGCACUUGUUUGAGUGUACAUAUAUAAAUAUAUAUAAAUAUAAAAAGGGAGCCUUAAUGGAUUUGUUUUCAUAAUUUAAUAUUUUUUGUAUUUGCUCUUGUAUAAUUGUUUUUAACUAAAGGUGUUACGAGAAUGAGGGUGGAAUACUUAGAACCAAAGUUAUGCUUAAUAAAAUCUACCACAUGCUUGGCA